AUGCAUCAUCUAGCUAUUUCUUUCGGACUUCUUUGUUGGCUCACGGGAUUGGUGAGGGCACAAUGUUAUAGUUAUAUGGGUGUGGAGAUGGAUUCGACAUAUAUAGCAUGUAAUGGUUCCGUACCGGUGAGUAUGUGUUGCCGUUUAGGAGUCCCAGACAAUAAUGGUGGAGAUGUAUGUGGUUCUGGAUCUACAUACGGUCUUUGCGGUAUAACUGGAUCGCAACUUUGGAGAGAGUCGUGUACGGAUAAGACGUGGCAGUCUCCUCUCUGCUUAAAGUUGUGUGUCGGAGUAAACGAUACUGAGAUCACAGCAUGUUCAGAUGGAAGUUAUUGUUGUGGGAGGAAUGCGGAAGAAUGUUGUACUGAAAAGAAAGGAAAGUUCAUCGUCAACAAUCAAGUCUCAGAUACAGCAGCAGCGGAUUCUUCAAGCACCCAAACUUCGCAGCCUACCUCUGCAUCCCUGGCCCCGAUUAGCAUACAUGCGUCAGAAUUUGGUUCAUCUAGUACCUUUGCGGCAACAUUGUCCAUACUAGUCCAAUCGAACGGUAUCCAAACAUCAGUCAUGAUUACAACAGUCUACCAACCCCUACCAACAUCAACCUCCCAAUAUACCUCAAGAAAUAAUCGACAACUUUUAUCAACUAGUGUAAAAGCGGGAAUAGCUGUUGGUGCUACCGCUGGUAUUGUAUCAUUACUGGCACUUGCAUUAUUUUUCUGGAAAAGAGCACCAACAAAAAGCAAACUGCAGGGACUUCCAGCCACAGAAAUCAACCCAUCGUCCUUAGACCUCGAUAGCAGACCAACGUACGUAUAUAGAGCGGAAGUAGAUGGAACUAUGCCAAAAAGAGUUGAGGUCCAUGGAUGUGAAAGGAGGCGUGAGCCAGCGGAGAUGUUGUAG